CGGGCGGCGCUCGGGAGGCGGGGCGGGGAGGCGGCAGGCUGCCGCCCCGGCCCGAGUUCCCGCGCUGCGGCUCUCCUGCCGGGGCUGAGCCCGCAGCCGUCCCCGGCCCGCUCCGCGUGGGCUCCCGUGAGCCGGCCGGGCGCCCCCGCUGCUUCUCUCUCAGCCGCUGAGGACCGGUGCCCGCGCACCUGUCCCAUCCCGCCGCAGCGGGGUGUCCAUAGGCAGCCAAGGACCCCACACACACCCCGGGCGGGAGGAACGGCUGGAGUGCGGAGCAGGCGGCACUGAGUGGGCCUGUUUGCAGAAGGGAGAAGCCGCAGCCUCGGGAAGCGCCAGCGGAAGGCACGGAGACUGCAGGUGGCUUACGAGGCCUCGGAGGGUGAGCGAGAUGUGGGGGCCGAGCCCCUGCCCGCGCCCAGCUGGGAGCCAGAGAACUGGCGGCAGCAGCUGGCCAACGUCCGCGUCAUGAGGAGCGGGAGGGAUGCCCCCGUGGACCAGCUGGGGGUGGAGCACUGUUACGACGCCAGCGCCCCCCCAAAGGUGCGCAGGUACCAGGUGCUGCUGUCGCUGAUGCUAUCCAGCCAGACCAAAGACCAGGUCACGGCGGGCGCCAUGCAGCGGCUGCGGGCCCGGGGCCUGACCCUCGACAGCGUCCUGCAGAUGGACGACGACACGCUGGGCCGGCUCAUCUACCCCGUGGGCUUCUGGAGGAGCAAGGUGAGGUACAUCAAGCAGACCAGCGCCAUCCUGCAGCAGCGCUACGGCGGGGACAUCCCAGCCUCCGUGGCAGAACUGGUGGCACUGCCGGGGGUUGGGCCCAAGAUGGCACACCUGGCCAUGGCUGUUGCCUGGGGCACCGUGUCGGGCAUCGAGAGCUGUGGAGUGAGAUCAACGGGCUGCUGGUGGGCUUCGGCCAGCAGACCUGCCUGCCCGUCCACCCCCGCUGCCAGUCCUGCCUCAACCAGACCCUGUGCCCGGCUGCCCGGGGCCGCGUGUGAAGUGCCUUCGCCUGGGAGCCACCGCCUGUUUAAUAAAGCGUGGGGGUUGUUUGUAUCUGGGGCCUGGCGACUUCUGUCUGCAGGGCCAGGAGCCGUGUGUGCACGUGUCACGUGGACGCACCCGUGUCCGGAGGGGGUAGCCAUGGAGGCCAGGGUGGGGACAGGACGGCCCGCGCUGAGUCUGCAGUGGGCAGGGAGUGCGGGCAGAGAACCUGCAGGGAGGAAAUGGGGGGAGGCAGCCUCUGGGCCACUGGCUGGGGAUCUGAACCCCUGGCUCUCCCCUCCCACCGCGGGGGCUGCAGCCCAGCAACCUCUCAGCCCUAAGACUUCCCGGACCCCCACCCCCACGUUUCCAAAGUGGCAUCGUGGCCUCGCUGGGCCCACCUGGAGGCUGGACUCCCCCGGAGGGUGCGGCCAGGAGGAGAGGGGACCUGGUUCCCCGAAGCCCCACACACAGCCGCCCCAGCCAGGCUGCCCCCAGGAAUGGCUCCGUUCCUCCACGCCCCGCCCCCUGCUGAAGGCACACACAGGACGGUGGCAGGUCCAAGGCAGGCCUGUUUAUUCCGAGGGCGCGCAUGCGCUAUGGCUUACAAGGCAGACAGCAGUGCUGGUCGGUCGGUUCGGGGGUUCAGGGGUGGGAGGACAGGCAGAGGCAUCUGCCACUCUGCAGCGGUGGGUGCCAGGCAGGCACGAGGCAGGGCCCAGGGCUCGGGGAGGGGUGGGCGACUGGCGUGCCCCCGUGCCCAGGCCUGGGAGCUGUGGGAGCUGCGGAGCAAGACGAAGGGCCUGUCCAGAGGCUGCUCCGCGGGAGAGGGGAUCCUCCAGCCUGGGCCCCAGGCCUAGCGACGGCCCCCACCAGGGAGCGCAGGGUUGGGGCAGAGGGGCGGCUCCCCCGGCUGGCUGUGUCCGGGAAGCCCCCAGGACUCUGGAAGGCCUGCCGAGGGGGUGGGGAGGAACUGGUUUGCAGAGAAAGGUUUGUUUUAUUGCAAUUAUUUAGAGAGCCUGUCCCGAGGGAGCGGGGGAGGGGGCUCUGGUAUUAAGUGGAAACAUGUGUGCAGCUGAAGAUCUUUUUGGGAAAAAAAAAGCAAAAACGCAAAUUCCUUUCAGUCAGCAGGCCUGGGCCCACAGCAAAGGCCCUGGCCCCGUGGGCCGUGCCCUGCCCCCAUACCAAACCCCUCUCUCUCUCUCUCUCUCUCUCUCUCUCUCUCUCUCUC